AUGAGCCUCUCCCUCCCCCACUCUUCAUCAAUUGCCGCAUCGUUGCAUCAACCGCCGAGACCCCAAGAAACGGCUCUACUCGCACAGCAAUACCAUCUAGGACAUGUUAUAGAACGUGGCCCACUUUCCGUCAUUAACCAUGCCAUUCACCGGACUUCUCAAAAAUCGUACGCCAUUAAGACGGUCGACUUGCAAAAGUAUGAGCAAAGCACUGGAUUGGAUCGACAGGUUGUGGAAGAGGAGAUCUCGAUGUGUGCCACCUUGAAACAUCCUUUUAUUUGCGAGCUGAAGGAUGUGAUUUCAGGCGACACCCUUGCCCAUCUCGUUUUCGAGCACCUCGACGGAGCAGAUCUCUGCUUUGAAAUCGUGAAAAGAACAAUGAAUGGUUUUGUCUAUUCAGAAGCAGUUAUUAGUCAUUACAUGAAGCAAUUACUUCAAGCUCUUGAAUAUCUGCAUUCAAAUUUCAUCGUUCAUCGAGAUAUUCGACCGCAUAACUUGGUCUUGGCUAGCAAAGACAAUAGUGCUCCAUUGAAAGUCACAGGCUUUGGCGUUGCACUAAAGUUAUCAGAAGGAAAUGGGCGAUUAGCGGGAGGCCUCGUUGGUGUUCCUCAUUUCAUGGCUCCUGAGAUCGUCGGCAAGCGUGAAUACGGAACAAAAGCCGAUGUGUGGAGUGCGGGAGUACUUUUGUAUCUCUUGCUCUCCGGUCGACUACCAUUCUCGGGCAGUAAUGCGCAAAUCUAUGAGUCGAUCGAGAAGGGACAAUAUAGUGUGAGUGGCGGUAUCUGGAGUUUCAUCUCGAAUUCGGCUAAAGAUCUACUCAUUCGUUUGUUGACGGUUGAUGAAGAGCAACGAUUCUCGGCUACAGAAGCCUUACAACAUGAUUGGUUGCGGGAUAAGGAUGUUUACGCCCCAAGACGGCACCUCCAGGAAACCGUUGAUAACAUCAAGCGAUACAACUCGAGAAGAAAACUAAAGAGUACAAUCCUUUCGGCGGUGAACACCGACAAAUGGAGCAAGUUCCCGAUUAUCUCUGGUCGUGAUGGAACGAUUUCAGCGUCAAGUUCGACCUUUUUUCAAGGUGAUCUUCCCGGCGGUGAUACAUGCCAUCCAGAUGGUUGCACAAGAGCCACACAACCAACCGCCACCGAUUUGAUUGGAGCUCAUAAAAUUCUGGAGUCUCUCGAUCGAAUCGCCGUCUUGACAGACGCGCCGGUGCUUCCACAACUUGCUCAAGGACAUCUCAUGGAAGAUAGCUCUUUCAAGAGGCUACUACUGAGGACCACGAAUUCCUCUAAAUCCUAUAUCCAGCUUCUGCCAAGUGGAUGGACUCAACCCUGUACCAGAAUCUGUUACUCGCCAUCCUCAUCGGUGAUCCUUGUUUAUUCUUAUAUUUUAUAUAUU